GCUGAGCUAGCUAUAAAAUUAAAACUACUUGUACAUGUUAAUCCACUUAACUUUCUGCGUACGAUUACAAAUGACUGAUGAAACUACUCCUUCCACUAAGGAUAUUCCCAAACUCAUCCACAAGAAGGUUAGCUGUACAUCUAAUCUGGUUCAGCGAACCAAAUUUGAUUGGGAGAUCAAGGACUUUGGCAACAUUUUCUUCCAUCCCUCGACAAACUGUCGAGAGCUUCAAAGUCCGACUUUUGUUAGUUGUCGUGGUACCACAUGGAAACUCAACAUUCUCAUAGAUAAUUCUAACCUUGAUUUCAAUGACGAAUUUACAGGUAACAAACUGAAAAUUGUCAUUUCGAGAGAAUCACAAACGACUAGAUGGUCUCAGUUUAAAUUGGAAUUCACUCCUUCUAAUUUUCUGUACAUGGAUGACGAUGAUUACGAUUUGCAAAACAGAGAUUGGCGGAAAAAUCGCAUCUUUGUUUACGAACCUGACAAAGAAAACGCAGUUUUUAUUGAAUUGUUCUCUUGCCAUUAUGAUGAGGCGGACGUGACAGUUACUCUUAAUCUAGAAGAAGAAUCUACUCCAUUGCACUUUGUUAAAGAGCCCAAUGUCACUCCCAGGGCAGAAAAAGAAUUAAAAGAUGACCUGGUUAGUUUGUUGGCAAGUGGAGAGGGCAGCGAUAUCAAACUAAUCGCUGGUGAUAAAGAAUUUAAAGUACAUAGGAUCAUUCUUUCCAGUCGUUGUGAAGUUUUCAAAGCGAUGCUGGCCUCAGAAAUGUUAGAGCAAGCAACUAAUUCGAUCAGAAUCAGUGAUAUAGAUCCAGAAGUUGUACAUGAAAUGCUUACUUUUAUCUACAGUGGAACUACUCCCAAUAUUGGUGAAGAAAAUAUGGCGGAAAAACUGUUGAAUGCUGCUGAGAAAUACCAACUAAUACAACUGAAGGAAAUCUGUUGUAGUGAACUAAUCAAGUGUUUAAACUCGGACAAUGCAAUCGACAUGCUUUGCAAGGGUCACAUGUACAAUGGGGACAGCCUAAAGGAUGCUUGCAUCAAUGAGAUCUCGAAAUCGUUGACGGCUUUCAUGGAGAGAGAAGAAUGGAUUGAAGUGGAGGACCAGAAUGAUCUAUACAGGGAAGUCGUUAGAAGUUGUCUCGAUGUCCCUCCUAACAAGAGAAGGAGAACAAGCUGACUUUAUAUUUUAUUCAUUUGCUGUUCCUUACAUUCAUGCAUGCAUGUACAUAAUUAUAUAUAAUUAUAAGGCCAUGCACUGCAUGGUGUUAGUGACGAUAUUAAUUACUUUACACCCCUAAUAAUGUUACAUUUCUAUGGUCUAUGCAUAUCAUUUAUGUUG